AUGUGCCCACUCCGGACGCCCCUCUUCCUGGUCUGCCUCCUCUUUGCUGUCUCCUCGGCUCUCGCCCCCUCCCAGGACAGCUCGCCGCUCCACGGGAACCACAGCGACCACCGCUUGGCCUCCUCACCCCCAGAGGCGCAUCCCGCUCCCACAGGCCUGAGAGUCUUCAGCGUGGACUACCACCAUGUGCAGGCCCCGUUUGAGAUCGGGCUAUGGAUCAUGCUGGCCUCCCUGGCUAAACUGGGGUUCCACUGGUCUGGUCGGAUCCCUGCCGUGGUACCAGAGAGCUGUUUGCUUAUCAUGGUGGGCCUCCUGGUGGGUGGGGUGAUCUAUGGGGUCCGCCAUGCCGCCCCCCCAGUCCUGAGCGCCGAUGCCUUCUUCCUGUACCUGCUGCCCCCCAUCGUGUUGGACGCGGGCUACUUCCUGCCCGGGCGGCUCUUCUUCGAGAACCUGGGCACCAUCCUGUGGUACGCGGUGCUGGGCACGGUGUGGAACGUGCUGGGCAUCGGCGUGUCGCUGUACGGCGUGUGCCACCUGGGGUCCUGGGGGCUGGACGAGGUGUCCCUGCUGCACUGCCUGCUGUUUGGCAGCCUCAUCGCCGCCGUUGACCCCGUCGCCGUCCUCUCCGUCUUCGAGGAGAUCCACGUCAACGAGCAGCUGCACAUCCUGGUGUUCGGGGAGUCGCUGCUGAACGACGCUGUCACCGUGGUCUUGUAUAAGUUGUUUGAGUCAUUUCUGCGGAUGCCCUCUGUGUCAGGAGUGGACGUGCUGGCGGGCGGGUGCCAGUUUGUGGUGGUGGGGCUGGGGGGGCUGUGCGUGGGGCUGUUUUUCGGCCUGGUGGCCGCCCUCACCACCCGGUUCACGGCCCGGGCCCAGGUGAUCGCGCCCCUCUUCGUCUUUCUCUACAGCUACUUGUCAUACCUCACCUCCGAGAUGCUGCACCUGUCUGGAAUCAUGGCGAUUGUGACCUGUGCUGUCACCAUGAAGCAGUAUGUGGAGGCCAAUGUAUCCCAGAAGUCCAAUACCACCAUCAAGUACUUCCUGAAGAUGUGGAGCAGCGUCAGUGAAACGCUGAUCUUCAUCUUCCUGGGCGUGUCCACCAUCCAGGAUGUCCACAUGUGGAGCUGGCCCUUCGUCUCCUCCACCCUCUUCCUCUGUCUUUUUUGGAGGGCCCUGGGUGUGCUCUUACUGACAGCAGUCGUGAACAAACUGCGGCGAAAUGCAGUCACCUUCCGGGACCAGUUCAUCAUUGCCUACGGUGGCCUGAGAGGGGCAAUCUGCUUCUCUCUGGUCUUCCUAAUCGAUGAUUUCCCCAAGAAAAGACUUUUCAUCACCACCACUAUUGUGGUCAUCCUGUUCACAGUCUUUGUGCAGGGUAUGACCAUCAAACCACUGGUGGAGCUGCUGGAGGUCAAGCGGAGGAAGAGGGCGCCCCCUACAGUCAGUGAGGAGAUACACAGCCGGCUCCUUGACCAUCUAUUGUCAGGAAUCGAGGACGUUGUUGGGUAUUGGGGCCAACACUACUGGAAAGACAAGUUUGAGCAGUUUAACAACAAAUACCUGAAGAAGUUCCUGAUUCGUGAGGACACUCAGCCCAAAUCCAGCAUCGUGCUCCUCUAUCAGGAGCUGGAGCGCAGGGAGCAGAUGGGGCAAGAGGAUUCUGGGAGGAGAGAGCGACCACAGGCCACUGAGGACAGCCGUGUCCAAAGCAGACCCUUACUUCCAGAGGAAAUGGACAGUAUUAGGCGUAUCCUCUCCAGAAAUCUACGCAACUUCAGCAGCAAGCAGAUUCCAGCCUACAGCAGGCACACUCUGCACCAGGACUUCACCGUAGAUCGCAGCAGAAAUACUCGGCUGCGCAGACACCAGAGCCUGGGGGAGAGGAGCAUAAACCCUGUGUACAGCUACAACAGACAGUGGGACAGUGAGGAGCGCUGGGAUAGUGAGAGAGACAGAGGACUCACCAGGUCUAUAACAGCGGGUCCAAGCACCAGCCCUGUCUACCUAGAAUCGAUGGACCCAGCGGCUCUCAGUCCAAAUGGCCCAUCCAGACCCCACAGGGACAGGGUGGAGAUCAGAGCACCGGGGGGCCUGGCCCCACACCUCCCCUCUGGGCCCACACAGGAGACAGCCCCCAAAAAACUGAGUUUCGCCCUGGAGAAUGAGCAGGAGAAGUAG